AUGAGCUCUUUUAGAGGCUUUAGUUUGGUUUUUCAGCGAAAUAAGUCCAUGUAUAGCCUUGCUUUGACCGUGGCAAGCAAAUUGGUGACUCCAAAAAGUAUGUUGCAUAAGCCAGUAGCAUUGGUAUCUGAAGAGAUGAAUGGCCUAGCAAAAAAUAUUAUAGGAUUGAUUGGUUCAAAUACACCUACCAUGAACAAGAUGACUAGCUACUAUUUUGAAACAGAAGGUAAAAAGAUAAGACCUCUUUUGAUCUUGCUGCUUUCGAGGGCUCUCUCGAGUAUACCUAUAGAGGAAAGAGAUAAUCUCAAUAUUGAUAGUACUGAUUUCCCUCAUAAAACUACAGAUCUAGAAGCCAAGAAAAGUGUUCUAUAUGCAAAUCCUAUUUCGAAUUUCUCACCUUUACAUGUUCUUAGCGGAAUAGGACAGAUUAAUGCACUGACAAAAGAAGCCCUUCCUCUACCUCAAGCAAAAUAUGAUGAGAAGAGAGGUAUUUUGCCCAAACAGAGGAGACUAGCAGAGAUCGUCGAAAUGAUUCAUACAGCUUCCCUGCUUCACGACGAUGUUAUUGAUCAUGCAGAUACGAGAAGGGGCCGUCCCAGUGUGAAUGCCGUUUUUACAAACAAGAUGGCCGUCUUAGCAGGGGAUUUCCUACUGGGCAGAGCCACCGUUUGCGUCUCGAGGCUUAAAAAUCCUGAAGUUAUUGAAUUAAUGUCUGAAUGUAUAGCUAAUCUAGUCGAAGGGGAAGUAAUGCAACUACACAACACUCCAGAAGAGAAUAUGACACGAUCAACAAGCUUUAAACCAUUUACUGACAUGUAUUUUCCCAAAGAAGAAGGGCAGAAUAGUAAAAGCUCGAUAAGUAUAUCUAUUAAAUCUCACGAGGCAUUAAUAGAUGAUUGUUUUCAGCAUUACCUGCAAAAAUCAUUCUUGAAAACGGGUGCGCUAAUAUCGAAAGCGUGUCGUGCAACAGCAAUUCUAUCAGGGGCCAGGCAGUCUGUUAUAGAAUCCUGUUACGAGUUUGGUAAGAGUCUUGGACUAUGUUUUCAAUUAGUGGAUGAUAUGCUUGAUUAUACUGUUUCAGAGAAAGAUUUGGGGAAACCUGCUGGAAACGAUCUUAAAUUAGGCUUGUGUACAGCCCCGGUCUUUUAUGCAUGGAUGGAAGACGAAAGUGUAGGAAGCUUGAUCAAACGUAACUUUUCGAAGCCUGGCGAUAUUGACUUGACUUUGAAAGCAGUUCAGAAGCACAAGGGUUUAGAUAAAACAAGAAAGUUAGCGGAAGCUUACAGAGAUAGAGCAUUAAAUAGUUUGGAGCAAGCGUUGCCUGAGUCCGACUCUAGAUCGGCACUGGAAUUAUUGACUAAUAGCAUACUAACCAGAAAAAGAUGA